AUGGCACUCCGCGUUUUGGAGAAGCUUCCGCAGCAACUGUCGAUUUCCAAUCUGCUCCUCCUUGCUGCGGCCGUCGGCUCGAUGAAGCGGUUGGCGGAUGCCGUCGCGGCUUCCUUGGAAACGGAGCUGGCUCUACGGCUCGCGGCCGCGAAAUCGAAGGAGCGGGUUGGUGGUUGUUACAAAAACUUUGAUCAUCGUAUUUUAGAACGACAAGAACGAGAAGAAAGAAGAAACAAAGCGAGACAAAAAGGAGUUGAAAGCCCAGAGGCGGCGAUUUUAUCAAGAAAUCGAAUUAGCUUUGGUGGAGGGAAGAGUGAGUUGAUUUUUCUCCCUUCACAUUCAAUUUUAGCGUUGUAGGAGAUAAACAACAACGUCGAUUGCAAGAAGGACAGCACAACGGCCGCCUUCGCUUGCUCAGAAAGUUGGUGCACGCAGGUAUAA